AUGCGUAGUAUCCCGCACAUAGAGAAGUUGUUCAUUGGCGGAGAUUUCAAUGGUCAAAUUGGGGCUAGUGCUAGGGGUUAUGAUGAUGUGCAUGGCAGGUACGACUUUGGGGAUAUGAAUGAGGGAGCUAACUCGAGUUUUCCGAAGAGGGAAGAACACCUGGUCACUUUCCAAAAUUCAAUGGGCAAGACUCAGAUUGAUUAUCUUCUCUACAAGAAAUGCGAUAAAGGUCUGUGCACUGACUGCAAGGUCAUCCCAAGUGAGCACCUCACGACUCUACAUAGGCUCCUUGGUAUGGACCUGGGGAUCAAGAGGAGUAGGAGGAAGAGGGCGGGGUACAGGCAACCUAAGAUCAAGUGGGGUAACUUGACCAAGGACAAAGCUCAGGAGUUAGGGGAGACGUUGUUGGCUAUGAGGGCCUGGAUGAGUAUGGGGGACGCGUCUAGUAUGUGGUUCAGGACUGCGGAUUGCAUUAGGGUAGCUGUUAGAGAGGUCUUAGGGGUCACGAAGGGCUCUCCUAGGGGUCAUAAAGGGGACUGGUGGUGGAAUGGAGAGGUUCAAGGUAAAGUGAAAGCUAAGAAAGCUGUAUAUUUGAAGCUAGUAGAGAGUACAAACAAGGAGGAAAAAAGGACUUAUCGAGAGUGUUACAGAAAGGCAAAGAAAGACGCAAAGUUAGCAGUUAUGACGGCUAAGAACACGGUGUUUGCUCGUUUGUACGAGGAUCUCGAGGGCAAAGGCGGGGACAAGAGGUUGUACCGGUUGGCCAAGGGGAGAUGGCAGACAUACUUCUAUAAACUGUUGAAUGAGGACAGGGAUAGACGCAUUGUGCUGGGUGAUUUGGAGCACUCCGAGAGUCGGCAGAAUUUUGGGUACUACAGGCGGAUUACGGUAGAGGAGGUGGAAGGGGCGAUGCGUAAGAUGUGUAGGGGCAGAGUGAUGGGGCCAGACGAAAUCCCGAUGGAAUUAUGGAAGAGCUCGAGGCAGGUUUGGGAGAGGGUGGUAGAGGCCAGGGUAAGGAGGUAUGUGUCUAUUUCCGAGAAUCAGUUUGGAUUCAUGCCGGGGUGUUCGACUAUGGAAGCAAUUCAUCUGGUAAGGAGAUUAGUGGAGCAGUACAGGGAGAGGAAGAAGGAUUUGCAUAUGGUGUUUAUUGACCUUGAGAAGGCAUACGAUAAAGUUUCGAGGAAUGUCCUGUAG